CAGGGGCGGACUGACAACUCAUGGGGUCCCCAAGCAGUAGGGGAUCAUGGGGCCCCUGUGUCCUUGCCCACACUCAAAGAACACCCAAAAAAGCCUACCAAAAAAAAGGUACCAGGGGCAUUUCAUGGGGCCCCCUACUGACCCCGGGCCCUCAGGCAGUGCCUGAGUGCUCGAAAGUUGUCAGUCCGCCCCUGUUUUGAAGCAUCACCUAUAGAAAAUAUAGGGUGCUGGAGUUUGUUGCCAUUUCACAGGCACACACAAAGUUAAAGUUUGACAUGUUGAUUACCUGUUUACUCGGCACAACCUCGUCUUAUAUAUUUGA